ACAUAAAUUUAACAUAAGUAACUUUCUGGUUCUAAGGAUGCUAAAACAGGAUGUAUUAGAUAUCGUUCAUUCAAAAGUACGUUGGUAUGCUAUUCAUCAGACCAAGAAAGUAUGUUUUCGAUUGAAUCCACAUUUAUAUAAAACAGAAGAUCUAGAGGGCGCAGUCAAUGAGUUACAAUAUGUUCCAGAUUUUAACGAAACUCGCCAGUUGGAAUCGGAAGUUUAUGGUGAAAAUUAUGGACGAAAAUAUCCAACUUUUACCAUUCGUGACAUGAAGGAGUAUAAAUUCUGGAAAUUUGUUGCCGGAGACGAUUGGCGAAAAUGCUCUUCACUGCGGGUUACACCCGGUUCCUUACUUUCAAGUUUGAUGGAAAGCUACAGGGAUCUAGAAAAAGAAGGGAAGAUACUUCGAUAUACAACCGACGUCUAUGAAAAUGUUUUGACAUAUAAACCACAUGGCUGUAUUAGGCAACCAACUUCAUCAAAUGCGUCAAUAGCAAAUUCAGUUUACACGGACAGCACCGAAAGUGACCCAAAAGACACUUCUGGUACGCAUUUGGAGCUGACAAAAAUUUCCUUCACUUAUUAUGGCGUUUCUAUGUCUCACUUGAAAAAGAUUCUCAGUGAUGCAGGUAUUAAUGAUGUCAGUGAAGAACAAAUAGCAAAUCAAAAUCCAUCUUUCAACUCGAAUACAAAAUCCCCUCGCAACGUUUCGUGUCUUGAUGACCUAACUAGAGAAAAUAAUCCCUCGCUUAUUGAGAGUUCCGUUCAAUUGGAGCUAGGACCGGACUGGGAUAUAGAAGCAUUUGAAUAUCACGACAUGACAGGGAGACAAAGAAAACUAGCGAAGAGGAGAUUUACACAUGGUCAGGUAUGCUGGAUAGGAAAGCAUGCUACACAAGCAAACGAGCAUAAAACGCAAGAAAACACAUUGCUUAAUCCAGUGAACAGAAGACUGAUGUUGGAAAAAAUCAAAGAACAAAGAGCAAGAUCAAAAAGACGAAUUGAAUUACAUGAAAACGUUAACAAAGCUUUGAAAGAGUCAAAUGGGGCCUAUGAAAAAUGGUGGUUAGAACAAAUUGGUGAUCCUUUGAUGUCUACUGAUCCGACGUUUACUAAAUCUCAACUGACGUUCUUUGGCAAUAGCUGGAUUGUUGAUGGAAACUAUAGUGCAAGCGACGAACCCAUUCAACAAACAAUAGCCACUCGAAAUGGUAAACGAGAAAUUCAGGCGCCUAUUGUAAACACACCAGCGGCAGAUGCAUCUCGUCCGCCACUACUGGUUCCGAAUUUACCUUCGGUUGAUAUCUGGAGGUGUGGAUGUGACGUUUGUAAUGGCAACUUGUUGAAUUUUUCGGGUUCGAUUGAAAAUAGAGGUCAACUUGGCGGCGUGACUUCAAGAAGUCAAGGCCAAGGAGGGAGGAUUCAAAAAAAAGUAACAGAAGAACAUAUUGACGUACAAUGUGAAAAAGUCGUCGAAGUAGUAACAGAGGAACAUUCAAACAAUGAUAAAGAUAUCACCAUUAUUAAAAAACCUAAGAAAACACCCGCCACAAAGAAGAAAAAGGGGAAGAAAUCAAAAAAAAAAACUUCAGAAAAACCAAAACUCAAUCCCCAAAUUUGGUGGGAGACUGUUAGCACUUAUACAACACCCAAGUGGAAAACUUCGGAAGAUCCAGAGCAGGUAAACGCAAAGAAAAAGAAGUCAUCUAAAUCUAAAAAGUCCCCAAUGGCACAGAAACUCAACGUCAGUUACAGUUUUGAUAAACUCCGACAUAAAAAAUCCUCUGUAGCUGUGAAACAGAUUGAUGGAACGGGAGACCGCAUUCGUUUGUCUUCUAGGAAAGGCAGUACUGAAAUGGAAAGUAGAAGCAAUAAAUCUGGCACCACUUCAACGCCAGUGUGUGAACCGAGUGAUCAUCUGAACAUGUGUGCUCUCAUGACACAUCACAUUAUUUACAAACAUACACCAGCGCAAUGCACCCCGUAUACAAAAAUUAAGUUGCCAGCAUUACGAGGUAUGUGUCAACCAUCAUCUCCUAAACGAACUGCUACGUUUUCUCCUGAUGUGCAAAUCGCAAUCGAAAAGGGAAAACAAACUGGAAUGUCGUCUGCUGCAUCACCGAAUAAAAACUUGCCUGCUCUCGUGGAAACUCCACUCACAGCGUCACGGAAAGACGGAGUGUGGCACGAGAAUUUCAAGUUUGGUUCACUUGAUGCUUAUUCGCAAAAGCCGGCGUCAAACAUUUCCUCAGAUGAUAUUUAUGGAGAUUCAUGUCGGGCUUGGGCUGCUUCAGAUAAAACAACCCUACCGUCGGUUGCAAGUUUAAAACGUCGAGAUGAUUGUUAUUUCCUUCAUCAUGUCCCAAAAAACUUUUCUCAACUUUGCUUUGCUGGAUUAUCCAAAUUUAUCAUUAGAUUCGAAACUGUGAUGACUACAACCGGAUAUCAGAGAGUUGAGAGCCUUACAAUAAAUCGAACUCCUUUUUGCUCAUAUGCCACCCGAAAAAGAGAAUCUAACAUAAAGAUUUGCAAGUAAUCGUACCAUUAAGGCUAAUAUUAAAGCCGUUCUAACUAUUCCGAAUUAUAUAUUUUCUAUUUCAUUUUGACUAUUUUGAUCUGACUAAACAAUAAAAUUACAUUACUUGGCCCAUUCCAGGCCAGUA